CGAAUAUAGUGAGUUUGAAGAAUUGGGAGAUACAACUUGAAGAGGAAGAAGAAGAAGAGGUCAGGAUAAUAAUUAUAUAUUUUAUUAAAAAGGCUAAAUGUUUUAAAUUUAAGUAUUUUGUUGAAAGCAUUUUGGAAAGAAAAAUUGAAAAUGGUCGUGAAGAGUUUUUAGUAAAAUGGGAGGGGUACUCGGAUGAAUCAAUUCCACUUUCCAAACAUUUUGUAUCAAAAAAAAACUUAUGGGACGCUUAAUCUGGAUAAGAGCCAAAAAUUUUUAGAUACCUGGGAACCACGUAGCAGCAUUAAACAUCUUGAGGUCUUUAAAGUUUUUGAGAAAGAACACAAAAAACAACGCUCCUCGACAAAAAAAGUUAAAAAUGGUAAAGAAGAAAAAGGAGGUGCAGAUCAAAUUAAAAAAUGGGAAAAGUUCUUUGAAGCAUGCUGUGAUCUACCUACAAAAUUGAGGAAAAAGUAUGCUUCUACAUUUGUCAAGCAAAGAAUACAGCCCAAUUUGCUACGUGAUUUGGGAUGA